CACAUGAUUUUCAAAUUUCGGAAAGAGCAGAUGUUCAAAAAAAAAAAAAAAUUUAUAAAUUUUGUCUAGCAUUUUAAAUUUUGUAAUUCUUUUUUGUGUAUGGUACAUUUUUAAAAUUUUAAGUUCGUAUAAUGGAUUCAACUGAAAACGCAAUUGUCAACGACGUCGUUAAAUAUGAGAGAAUAGAAAUACCACUGGAAACCAGUAGUAUAAACACACUGCCUCCGGACGCGUCAAAUUGGGACGCAUUGCAGAAAGAGAUCAAUCUGAAGGUGGCGGAGACCAUGAAGAGCUUCUACAGGGAGCACUCAAAGGCGAUUUAUAAGAUGGAGCAGCUAAUAAUCGAUAGACUGGGACCCGAAACGAGCCAUAAUUCGAAUAGCGAGAUCAAGGAGAUUGCGGAACUAAUGCGAAGGCUAGUGAACCAUGUGGAGAACAUGGAGCCCGUCUUCAAACUCGAAGUGGUUGAAAGCACCUUGCUGCAGAAGCCUGACUCUUCGAUGGGCAGUUCAGGAGGAGGUACAAAAACAUGUGGUAGUCGGGAAAUGGCAGAAUCUGUGCCUGCCAUUGUUAUUUUCUCCAAUCUUACCUUUAACGUCCAGACCAUCAGCGAAAAGGACUUCCUGGUGGCUCAGGCGAAAAAACGGCACAAACCAGGAUGCAGUAGUGUCACUGUCAAGAGCACGGAUACAUGAACAUGAGAACAUGAGCGGUUUUGAUGUCAACUUGAUGCUGCUGAAGAAAUCGCUGUUCUCCUUCCAACUAAAUCGAAACAAUCACUAUUUGCCGCCUGUUUGUCGUUUGCGCAGGACCCGUAGACAAAUAGUCCAUCAGCCAGUGGAUGCGGCUCCUUUUCACGGCUGACCAACUGGAUGUGUAUAAGGGGCAUUCACUAACCAGUAGAGCGAUCCUUUCCAGUCGUUUUGAGCUGGUUCACUGGAGUAGAUGUUCGGAAAACAAUUGCUAAUCUUUUAAUAGCUUGGUCUAAAUCUAAUGAAUGAUUCACUGGGAUUUGAUUGAUGUGUGGAUGUCGUUUGAGUAUAUGGAUAGCUUGUUUCUGUGUCUUAUAUAUAUAUAUGGAUUGAAUAGAUUU